AUGAGCAGCAUCACUCCAGUUGAGAAGUCCGUGAUGGACUUGAUCGAUCUGUUCCACGAAUACACCAAACCUGAUGACACAAUUAGCAUGAAGGGCCUGAUGAAGAUGCUGACGGAGAAUUUCCCCAACUUCCUCAAGGCCUGUGAAGAAAGAGGCAAAGAUUUCUUGGCCAAUAUCUUUGAGGACCACGACAAGAAUAAGGAUAAGAAGAUUGAGUUUUCCGAGUUCCUGUCGGUGUUGGGAGUCAUAGCCACGGACUACCAUGAACAUAGCCAUGGGGCUCCGCUCUGUUCUGGGGGGGACAGUGA